AUCCAAUUUUCUUCUUCAUUUCCUUUUAUUCUUAACUCGUUUUAUUAAUUUCUUUUCCUAUUAUACUUAAUUUUACGCGCAUACACCUCCUUCAAAACUCACCACAUCGUCGCCCUUUUCAUCCCCUCAUCUUCUGUCCAAGCAAUCUACACGCGGUUGCAUCUCAGAAUCCGUGCUCGAACUCAACUGGAGAGACGUCAACGAUGUCUAAACCGGGACAAACAGUGAUCGGAGUUCCCUACUAUGUCGGCCAGAAUCCAUAUCAAGCCGGAAUGAUCCCACCCAACGCCAUCUAUGGCGAUCCCAUGACCAUUCCUAUCCAACAAACGAUCUUUCGCGACACUCCUGCUCCCUUUUCCUGCCCUUACUGCGGUAACUCCGGUCUUACCACUGUCAGAUCAAAGCCAAGUAUAGCUGCUGUUGUUGGAUGUAUGAUGCCUAUGAUGCUUGGGAUAUGCUUUCUUUGCCCUUCAAUGGACUGUCUUUGGCACAAGUAUCAUUAUUGCCCAAGCUGCGCACAAAAGGUUGCUGAUUUUGAGAAAUCUGAUCCAUGUCUAGUAGUAGAUCCUCCCCAGUGGUCUCAGAAGAGCUUUGCCGUGCCUGCAUAAGUAGUGUUAUUUGCAUUGUACAGAUGCUCUUUUUCUAUACCUUGUGUAUGGAAACUAUUUUGCAUUUAUAGAUUUAUAAAGAUGGAUUUCAAUAAGGUUAAAAUUACAAUUUGAUGCUUUCCAUAGCUUGUAUUCGGGAACUACUUACAUUUAUUGAUCUAUAAAUAUGGAUUUCGGGAAAAUAAAAUUACAAUUUGGCCC